CGGCGUCCGUCGGUCCGUCGCGAUUGCGUCGUCGCAGUCGCACGCAGUCGUACAUAGGUGAUUUCAUCGUCGAGUAUUUGUGCAAUUAUAACGGCUACGCCCCGGAGCUUGAAAUUCCACAGAAUUCAUCAUGCCGUCGGCUCGAAGGAUGAUCCUGGGCCACGUUGUGUCCGGUUUGUACGGCAAGAUGAGUCGUCGGAAAAAGUUGGACGGUGAUAUGCUCGAAACUCCGAUGAAGAGAUGUCUUUCCACCUUCGACAUCACGUUGCUCGGCGUUGGUCAUAUGGUUGGUGCCGGAAUUUACGUGUUGACGGGAACGGUUGCACGCGACACGGCUGGACCCGGUGUAAUCUUUAGCUUUCUCAUAGCUGGUUUAGCUUCCAUAUUGGCGGCACUCUGUUAUGCCGAGCUUGCUGCCCGAGUGCCGAAAGCGGGCAGCGCGUACGUCUACACGUAUUUCACCAUCGGCGAAUUCUGGGCUUUCAGUAUAGGAUGGAAUCUCAUCUUGGAGCACGCAUUCGGCGCAGCAUCCGUGGCGAGGGCUUGGAGCGGCUACGUGGACUCGUUAGCAGGCGGUGCGAUUAGUAAUUACACGCGCGGCGUCAUAGGUACAUACGGCAUAGGAGAGCCUCUGGAAGUUGUCCCGGAUUUUCUAGCGGGCGGAUUAUGCUUGGUUUAUACCAUGCUCAUGGGAUUAGGGGUGAAAUCCUCAACGGCGGUGAACUCGCUGUUGACCAUGAUCAACUUGGCAGUGAUGGGACUAGUCAUCUCUUUGGGGAUCUAUUACGCGGAUAUUGCAAACUGGAGCAGCCAGAACGGCGGUCUUUUACCAUAUGGUUUCAGCGGCGUGAUCGCCGGUGCAGCAACGUGUUUUUACGCCUACGUCGGCUUCGAUUCGAUCGCGACCGCCGGUGAAGAGGCUCGCGAUCCAGCACGAAGCAUCCCGCUGGCGAUGAUAUUCUCCAUGGCGAUAGUGACUAUCGGAUAUAUGUUGGUCAGCGGUGCCCUGACACUGGUCGUGCCGUACUGGGCGGUCAAUCCUACCGCAGCGCUUCCGGAAGCCUUCUCGUCCAGGGGAAUCCCGUGGGCUAAAUAUGUGAUAAGUGUGGGUGCCCUUUGCGGAAUGACGACGACGCUUUUCGGAUCCCUGUUCUCUCUACCGAGGACGAUGUACGCUAUGGCGAACGACGGCCUGUUAUUCGCCAUCUUCGGUCGCAUCAACGAGCGAACGCAAGUGCCCAUGUGCAACCUCGUCAUAAGUGGACUGUUCAGUGCCUUAAUCGCAUUACUGUUCGACCUGCAGCAUCUGAUCGAGUUCAUGUCGAUCGGAAUUCUGCUCGCGUACACUGUGGUAGCAAUUGGCGUCAUCCUGCUGAGGUAUAUGCCCGACACACAACCGUCUGAUCAAAUCAGCUGCAGUACACCGAGCAGCAGUUUGUCCUCACCACCGACGGAGGAAGCGGAUUCCAGCAAUUACAGCAGCAUUACAUCCGGCAAGUCCAAAUUGCUGCGCGAAGGGACUGGAAAAUUCAAGCCACGAUACGCCUGGAUGGAAGAGUGGCUGCAGGAUUACGAUACGAAAUACAUCAUAACUACUUGCCUGUUUAUCUAUCUGAUGACUUUCACUUUCCUCAGCUGUUUCCUGUCGAUAAUAUUUGAGAUAGCAGUCCCGUUAACGAAGACCGAUUACUUCUUUGCAGCAUGCUAUCUUCCAUUACCCAUCGCAAGUCUUUUCGUUAUCGCCGCCCUUAAACAAAAUCCGCCCACUGGAAAGUUUCAAGUUCCGCUGGUGCCCUUGAUCCCGGCAUUAAGCAUUCUCUUCAACAUUAAUCUGCUAUUGCAUUUGUCUUUAAUAACUUGGAUACGAUUUGUUGUAUGGAUGGUAGUCGGGGUGAUAAUUUACUUUCUAUACGGCAUCCAUUACAGUAAAGAGGCUACUAAUAUUCCAAAUUCGUAUUCCGUUUUAAUGGCAACUUCAGAAGCCGAGAAAGGCACAAAGUGGGGCUCGACGUUGCGGGUUAGUCAAAAGAGCGACAAAGCACCUAUCUUAGACGAUAAAGAACUCGUUCACUAGAAUUCCGUAUUUUUAUCGACUGUUUUUCCAUUCAUUAUUCCACUCAUUAGUGGAGCCGCGGAAAUCGCUUGAAUUUUAAAACCGAAACAAAGUUCAACAACGAAGCAUGCUUGAAUGCGAAAUAAUGUAGGCAAUGAUACAAAAGAACAGAACAAAAUAUUUCCAAGUACUUUUAAUAGUUUUUAACUUUUAAUUUUAAUAUGAUUGACGAACAUGUAAUGCAUUUGGCUACUUAGAUGCAUACUGCGACGUGUCAAUGCCUCAUAUAUAAGAUUGAUUUUUUAUUCCACUUUUGUUAAUUGUUCUACAUUUAUUUCUAUUUCAACGGCUCCACUUUACAUGUUAUAUGUAAUUCGAAGUUUAAAUAUGGAAUAUAUUUUGUAAAUACCGAUCUAACAAAACCUAACGCAAGAUGCAACUUACUCUUUUCUCGAAGAUUGUCCGAUAAAACACUUCUUGGUACUUAACGUCUUCUAGUCCGACUAAUUAUGACUCGAAUAAUUUUAAGUUUAUUGAAUAUUUUGAUAUCGGUCUUAUUUCUAAAAGCGAUCAACGAAGCACAUUACCGUUCUUCCUUUCUUAGGUAAUUACUGUUAUCACGUAGUCAUAUAAUUAAAUGAUUUAUUUUAUAAAUUACUGCGUUGAAGAUUGUGCUACGUAGUACUUAAUGAUCUUUGAAACAAAUUAAUUUAGUAAUUUAUAAGAAGCUCAUCUAUCAUAUGUUUUAUUACGCACAAAUUAAUGAAUCGAUGGGAGUUUAUCACAUCUCUUAUUUCGAAUGAUGUUUUAUUUUAGUGUAAGUAUCGAUUGGCCUUGGGAACGAAUAGAUCUAUCAUAGAAAUUAAAAAAAUGAUACCUGAAUUCAGAUCUCGACAAUAGACUUGCUUGCAUCACGGCAGUCUUUAAGAUUAAGAUAGUAGCUAACGAAUCUCUUAAAUAUGCAUUAAGCGUUCCAAUUUACCAAUCGAUUUACAAAACGAAUAAAAAUGGCGAAGGAUAAUCAGAAUAUGAUGUACUUCGCGAGGAAAGACUUGCUCGUAUACCAAAAAUACAUUGCAUUUAUAUAUAUAAGUUAUUAUUUGUGUGAUAUUUAUAUGAUUAUUGGCUGUACUAUUGAUUUGUGCGUAUUAUAUACGCAUGUAUUAUACAUAAUGAGUAUAAUCAUGUAUGGAAAGUAUUUAUACAAUAUAUAUAUAUAUAAUAUCGAUGUGUUAACGAUAGAUUCAAAAUGCUACAGAGAAAUGUAUUUAAAUAAUGAAUAGUUUACAAAACGCA